GCAUUCGGAACUUGGUCCUCCUUCGGGUUUUAUAUCAAUCGUAAUACAGUAAGAUUUUAUUCUAAGAAAAUUAGUGGUUGAGUUUGUGCAUAAUAAAUAAAGUUGUCUUAAAACUAAUGUAUAAGUUGUUUUAGGUGUACCAGGAAAUAUUGCAUUGUAUAAUACAUUAAGUGAUUGGCUGUAGUACAAUUUAAUCUAACCAAACAUACUCUAAAUUUGCAUAAAAUGGCAUCAAGCGACAAAUCUGUCGAUGACUCCCUAUACCCGAUCGCUGUACUAAUCGAUGAAUUGAAGAAUGAGGAUGUGCAGUUGCGAUUGAACUCUAUUAAAAAAUUGUCGACAAUCGCUCUUGCACUGGGUGAAGAGCGAACACGAUCAGAGUUGAUUCCUUUUUUGACCGAAACAAUUUAUGACGAAGACGAAGUUCUCUUGGCGUUGGCUGACCAACUCGGCAAUUUUACAAGCUUGGUCGGGGGGCCAGAAUACGCAAUGUAUUUGAUACCUCCUUUGGAGAGCUUAGCUACAGUUGAAGAAACUGUUGUUCGCGACAAGGCAGUAGAAUCUUUGCGCACGGUUGCUGCAGAGCAUAGUGCUCAAGAUUUAGAAAUUCAUGUUGUACCAACACUGCAACGCUUGGUAUCUGGGGACUGGUUUACUUCACGUACGUCGGCCUGUGGCCUUUUUUCAGUUUGCUAUCCAAGAGUUACUCAGCCUGUGAAAGCUGAAUUGCGUGCAAACUUCCGUAAGCUGUGUCAGGAUGAGACACCAAUGGUACGCCGUGCUGCUGCUAGCAAAUUGGGUGAAUUCGCUAAAGUCGUGGAAAUUGAAUAUUUAAAAUCAGAUUUGAUCCCAAAUUUUGUGCAAUUAGCUCAGGAUGACCAGGAUUCGGUACGUUUGUUGGCUGUGGAAGCAUGUGUAAGCAUUGCCCAGUUGCUACCUCAGGAGGAUGUUGAACAUCUGGUAUUACCAACUCUACGCCAGUGCGCUAGUGAUUCAUCUUGGCGUGUUCGAUAUAUGGUUGCUGAAAAAUUUGUUGAUUUGCAAAAGGCAGUUGGUCCUGAAAUAACACGAGUUGACUUGGUGCCCGCUUUUCAGUAUUUGUUGAAGGAUGCCGAAGCUGAAGUGCGUGCAGCGGUUGCAACAAAAGUAAAAGACUUUUGCGCAAAUUUAGACAAAACUAAUCAAGUACAGAUUAUUAUGACUUCAAUAUUGCCAUACGUACGUGACUUAGUAUCAGAUCCCAACCCCCAUGUCAAAUCCGCACUGGCAUCAGUAAUUAUGGGCUUAAGUCCCAUGUUGGGUGCAUACAAUACAGUUGAACAUCUUUUACCCUUAUUCCUCAUACAAUUAAAAGAUGAAUGCCCCGAAGUGCGAUUAAAUAUAAUAUCUAAUUUGGAUUGUGUUAACGAUGUCAUUGGUAUACAGCAACUCUCACAGUCACUAUUGCCAGCUAUUGUUGAACUAGCAGAAGAUUCAAAAUGGCGUGUUCGAUUGGCAAUUAUUGAAUAUAUGCCUGCACUAGCCGGUCAAUUGGGUCAAGAAUUCUUCGAUCAAAAGCUUCGUGGUUUAUGUAUGGGUUGGUUAAACGAUCAUGUAUAUGCUAUACGUGAAGCAGCCACUUUGAAUAUGAAAAAAUUAGUUGAACAGUUUGGCGCUCAAUGGGCUGAACAAGCUAUUAUUCCUAUGAUUUUGGUCAUGUCGCGUAAUAAAAAUUAUUUACAUCGUAUGACGUGUCUCUUCUGUUUAAAUAUGCUUGCUGAAGUUUGUGGUACAGAUAUCACCACGAAAUUACUUCUACCCACAGUACUUUUAUUGGCAGCAGAUCCUGUAGCAAAUGUUCGCUUUAAUGUUGCUAAAACUCUACAGAAAAUUUCACCAUUUCUCGAAGCUAGUGUCAUCGAUUCCCAAGUCAAACCGACACUUGAGAAAUUAAAUGCUGAUCCCGAUGUAGACGUAAAGCACUUUGCAUCCGAGGCCAUUGCGGGUAUUGCUGCAGAAAUGGAGUUAGAUAUAUUUAGGAGUGUUAUCCCACCAGUAGAGGGAAAGGUGAAUUCUGCGGCUUUAAUGGCUAAAUUGGCCGUUCACCCUCCAACAGAAAAUGUCGAAGAGGAGGAAGAUGCAUUUAAAUCGUAAUCACUUAAAUUUCAUCAUUUUCAUUUCAAACUUUUUAUCAUUUUUUAAUCUAGCUGAAGUAAAAAAUGGCAAGGAUUAAAUAAUAAUGGCUCAAAAUGAUCUUUAAAAAUUUAUAUCAACAACAUCAAGCCUGAAUACUUUCAGUGUCGUUCUAAUGAAUGUUUGCAGAUUAUUAUUACUGGGCGAAGCAAAUGAUAAAAUUACAACAUAAUUAAACAUUACAUACAAUUACGAAAAAUAAAAAAAAAAUAUAUAAAACGGAUUGC